CUGUUUGGAGGUGCAUCCAGUACUUUGACGUCCGGGCGUCAGCAAGAGCGCCGAGGCAUCCCUCCAACCGACCGAGGAACCCGCUGUAAGGCAAAGUUACAUGCUUGAAAUGCCAUCGCACAGCUCUAGAUAGGUAAUAGUGAAUUCCUUUUGAAGCCGCACGGUGUGCAGCGUUGAGCGCGAUGGCUUACCUACGUCUGCUUCGGCAGACUGAUCUGCGGACCAUUCAGAACUGCUACCUAGAGCUGUUCCAGCUGCAGGCGCCUUCACGGCGCGCUCUGGAGGAGGCCCUGGGAUCUAGCAGGUGGCUGUGCCUGGCCGCUGCCUGCCCCGACUCCGGCUCGGCGGGGGGCCAGGAGUACAUGGGCGGGUUCGUGAUGAGUGUGGUGGCGACCGUGGCGGACUUCCACACAGACAUGAAGUACUACAGCGACGGCACUGCGGGGCCCGGCGGCGGCGGAGGAGGCGGCGGAGGUGGAGGAGGCGCGGGCGUGGGCGUGCAGGCGACGGGUCUGGAGGCCAUUGGGCUGCCGGAGGGGGAGCGGGCCAUCAACAUCUGCCUACUGGGCGUGCUUCCCACCUACCGGCGGCGGGGCCUGGCGCGGCUGCUGCUGAGGCAGGUGGUUGACAGCGCCCGCACUGCCAGCGCCUGUGCGGUGUUCCUGCAUGUGCGGCCCGACAACAAGCCGGCACUGCUGCUGUAUCAGUCAUUCGGAUUCGUGGCGGCGGCGCUCGUGCCCGGGUAUUACUCUCCUACAGCCCCCUCCGACGGCUCAUCGGCCUCCCCCGCCAACCCCGCCGCCGCGGCAGUAACAACUGAGGCCGCGGCAGUAGCAGCAGCAGCAGGAGGAGGAGGAGGAGGAUCCGGCGCUGCUGCUACUGCUGCUGCUGCUACAGCCGGUGGUGAUGGUGGCAGUAGCGGCGGCGGCGCGGGAGGGGACGCGGUACUGCUGGUGCUGCCGCUGACGGCGGCGGCAGGCGAGGCUGUAGCAAACGCCAUGGACGCGGCACGCGACGCCGUGCGGGCCGCCAUCCUGGCAGGCGUCAGCAGCAGUAGCAGCGGCGGCAGUAGCAGCAGUGGCAGUAGCAGCAGUGGCAGCGGUAGCGCUGGCAAGGGUGCGGGCAGUCCGGCGCAAGCGCCGGUGGCGGCGGCAGCAGCCGGACAGGGCGCGUCUGCAUCAUCGGGGGCCGCUGCUACUUCCGGCGGCCCACGCUUCAUCGGCCGUAGCACUGAUGCGGCGGCCUCGGCACGCAGCGAGCAGGCAAGCAGCAGCCGCAGUAGCAGCAGCAGUAAAGGCAGUAGCAGCAGUGGCGGCGGCGGUGGAGGGCUGUUCGGGACGCUGGCGGCUGUAGCAGCCGGGGCGGUGGGCGGCCUGAGUGUGCUGCUGCCGGGGGCCGUGCGCGGCGGCGGCGGCGGCGGGGGCCGGGGCGGCGGCGGCGGGGCGGCGGGGGAGAGGCAGGUGGAGGUGGGGGGUGAGGUUCUGGUGGAGGUGGCGGGGCCGGAUGGCGAGGUGUAUUUGCGAGGCCCGUCUGCUGCGUCUGAGGAGGAGGGGCAGCCGCAGCAGGGGCAGCAGCAACAACAGUUGAAGCAGGACACGGACCGCGGGGAACGGGGGACAGAGGCCGUAACGGCGGCGGCGGCCGGCAGUAGCAGCAGCAGCGGCGGCGUCGGCGGGAGCGGAAGCGGCAGUAGCAGUGUCGCCGGCGCAGGCGGGAGCUACGGAGUGAGCGGUGGUGGGGCAGGCGGGGGCUCUGGCUCAGCUCUAAGCGCGUUCCGUGGCUGCGGCGGAGGCGGUGGCGGCGGCGGCGGUGGCGGCCGCUUGUCGUCAGGCCUGUUGGGUGCCGUACGCGUGGGGGCAGGCUGCAGCAGCGGCAGCAGCGGCGGCGGCGGCGGCUGGGCCGGCAACCGGAUUGGCGGCGCGGCGGCGGCGGCGGCGGCGGCGGCCUGGUGUGCGGCGCCGCGUGUGCGGGUGGCGGCGGCGCGGUGUGGCGGCAGUUGCGGCGGCGGCGGCGGCGGCGGAGCUGGGGCGGGGGGUAGCCUAGGAUCGCAGCUAGCGCGCCGGCCGCUGGCGGCGGCAGGGGUGUCAUGUGGGACGAGGGGCGCGGGCAGGGCGACGGCGGCGGCGGCGGCGGCGGUGCGCAGUGGCCGGCUCACGGCGGCGGCAGGCGGGAGAGCGGCCGGGGUGCGGAUGCGGGUGCUGUAGUGUGGAAGCAGGGAACUGUAUCGUAUUGAUUGUUUGGUUGCAUUUUUGUGUUGUGAGGUUGGUUCUCAAGGGGCACGCCUGUCAGGGCGUGCCGGUGGGGGCUUCAGUUGUGUGGUUCUGAAUGCCGUUCCUGGAGCGAGGGUGGUGCGAGAUGGUGAGGGAGUGGUGUUGUGAGGUUGCGUGGUGGUGAGAAUGUGGUGUUGUGAGGGUGCGCGGUCGUGCCGGUGAGGGGGCGUGCAGGCAGGCCGGGCCCUCGGGUGGCCUCGGGUGUUGGGCCCCUACCGUAUGUCUGCAGACGACGUGUCAUGCCUCGGCGUCAUGCUCCACGACACCGUCGCGCUCUUGGCCCGGACUUUCCAACUGCAAUCUCCAAAAGAG